AUGGAAAUAAAAUUAAAGCCAGAAGCUUUGAAUUCGAAGGAAAUAAAUAAAUUCAGGGAUUCUAAGAGGUUUCUAUUCAACGACCAGUCAAUAAACAACGAAAUUUUACUGUCCAUCUCUUCCUUUGAAGCUCUUAAACAAUUAGAACACGAUAGAUUGCUUUAUUUCGCGACGCAUGACCCUUUAGAUCAACACAAUAGAAAGUUCAUCCACGACAUUUACCCUAUCUUCACUUCUUUACAGCGUAUACUCAACCUCCAGCAAUCUAAUUUAUCUACCUACGCUAGAAUAUCAGAUUUAUAUAAGAACACUCUGGAACAGCACCUUAGCUCUUGCACAGCUGAUAACCUCCUCCAUUGGGCUAACGUCUAUGCUAUUUGGUCAUUCACUCAACUUCUUUACUUCCCAUUCGACGGUCGCGGUGAAGGUGUCAUCGCUGAAGAGCUUCUCGAUUGGAUUAACAGAGUAGAUGUCGCACCAACAAGUGAAGAAGGUUUGGAAAUCACCUCCGCUAAUACCCCGCAUGAACAUGAUAACUUCUGGCCAUAUAUCUAUAAGUGCAUUAUUAGAGGUUUCCAUAAAACGGCCACCCAACCUCUCCACUCGUUGUUAUCACAUCAAACAAAGUCUAUAAGCAACACCGCUGAACGACUCAUUUCACUUUUAUACACGUUCCCCCGUUCAACUAAUUAUCAAUUCGAGCAUGAUUACUUCUCUGCUCACAAAGCAUGGAGAGAUGAAGCCAAGCGUACCCUCUCUAGUAUAGCCGAUUUGUCUCAAUAUGCCGAUGAAUUUACAAAAGAUGUCUUUGAUGAUAUCACACUCGCAUUACAACUUCUUUGCGGCAAAAAAAGCAAGAUUUUUGAAGUCGCGGAUGAUUGGAGGGAAUGUCUUGCUGCAUAUGGUCUAUUUGUCAUUCCGUCACUCAGACGUGACGAUAUUCCAAGUGUAUUAGAGGAAAUAUUCAAGGAGGUACCAUUAGACACAACAUUACCAGAUCAAUGUAUUGAAGCUGCUCUUGCAAAUGCUGAAACAACCAAGGCAAUCACAUUGUGUAAUGAAUUCGAUCCAUGGCUUGUUGCACACUUGACUGAUUUACUCGAUAAAAUCGGAGCUGUAGAUCAUGAUCCAGAAUUUCCUUUAACAUUGAGACAACACUUUUUACUUCAAUACGCAGACAAAUUGGCAUCUGAUCCUGGUCUUUGGACAAUCACUCUGGAUUAUUAUGCACAGUGUGGUGUUGAAGGUGCAAGCAGAGUGAGAGCAUUGAUCGUUCGCGUUCCACUCCUACUCGACGUCAAAGGUGACAACGACGAGAAAAUGGAUGGAGAUGAUGUGUUCAAUGAAACUAUUCAAACUAACUUGCCAAAUCUAACAAGAGUUGAAGAAAUUCUCUCAAUUUGUCAGGAAUAUGCAUUGGAAGAAGAAGCUUCAGAGGUUUGUAGAAACGCAGCUGAGCAACUCGUCGAACGUGAAUACUAUGGUUUAGCAGUUGCCUUCUGUAUUAGAGCGAAAGAGGCACGCAAACUUGGUAGAAUUACUGAUCUCAUUCUUGAAGAAUACUUGAAUAAAGGCGAGAAAGUCUUCAGCAGUUUAGUAGACUCAAUUCCAACAUCUCUCCUCAACGUUACGACAUACUCAGCUGGCGAUAUGUUCGAUGACGGUCAUAGUAAUUUAGAAAUUGAGCGUGAUGGUACACAAGAUGCAUCUGCUAGAGCUCUCGCUAGAGAUCCAGCAGUCUCAUCAAGGUUGGCUUUCCUUGCCCGUUAUAAGGAUUUCCAUAGUAGUCUUAAAAAGGACGAUAAGGAAGGCGCUGCUAUACUCCUAGUAGAGAUGCUUACAACUGAGAUCGCACCAAAGCGUUUCUGGAGUGUAUUGCUCGCUGAUGCAUUGCCUUUACUUGAAGGUACAGUUGUAAAUGCAUUGAUAACCACAAUUCACUCACGUGCUCUCUAG